AAUCGAACAAAAUUACAGCGAAGAGUUAGAAAGGGAGCUAAGAAAAUUUUUAAUGGCAGAACUGAGCAGUUGCAUUAGUAAUGCUUCACCUCCAAGUACAAGAACAACACAAAGGUUACUUGGUAAGGUGGCACUAGUAACCGGAGCAGCAGCCGGAAUAGGCGAGAGCAUUGUACGACUAUUCCACAGCCACGGUGCAAGCGUAUGCAUAGUAGACAUCAACGACAAAGUUGGCCAACGCGUAUGUGAAUCAAUCGACGACUGUAAAGUAAUCUUCUUCCCUUGCGACGUGUCCAAGGAAGACGAUAUCAAACGUGCAAUUGAUUUCACAGUAGAAAGAUUCGGAACUCUCGAUGUUGUUGUCAACAAUGCUGGGAUCUCGGAUACUCCUUUCAAGGGGAUCUGCGAUGUGAACUCCUUCGAGUUGGACAACGUACUAGACUUAAACGUAAAGGGUACAAUCUAUGGGAUGAAACACGCUGCACGAAUUAUGAUCCCGUUAAGAAAAGGUUCCAUAAUUUCGCUCAGCAGUGGUGCAGCCGUUAUAGCAGGAGUGUGUCCUCAUGUGUAUACGGCUUCUAAACAUGCUAUUAUAGGCCUAACAAAGAAUGUGGCAGCCGAACUAGGGAAAUAUGGGAUACGAGUCAAUUGUGUUUCUCCUUACGCGGUUUUAACAAACAUGGCCUUAGCUCAUGUACCAGAGGAUGAGAGGACGGAUGAUGUGGUUGCGGGGUUUCGAGAUUUUGUUAAGAAGAAAGCAAACUUGCAAGGGGUAGAGUUGACAACCGAGGAUGUCGCAAAUGCCGUGUUAUUCUUAGCAAGUGAUGAAGCUAGGUAUAUAAGUGCUGAGAAUCUUGUGGUUGAUGGGGGGUUUGCUUCUGUGAAUCACACUUUAGGAAACUUUAGAUGAUUUUGCUGCCACAUAGGUAGUCUUGGUUAGUUGGGAUAUGUGGGUUUGGGUUUAGGUUUUAAUAAAACUAAGGGAUUUUAUUAAGAUAGGGUGGUGUAAGAGGUUUGUUUUUAGUAUGGAUGAGACUCGAUAUUCGAUAUUUGAUAUUCAAUUGGCUUCUUCAACCAAACGAAUGGCGACUUGUAUGUUUUGAGGCCUUUAACUGUUCUAGUACAAGAUGAGUAAUCGUUCUAGUUUUCGUUUACCAAAAACUUGGAAUUUCGUGUGAGAUCAUUUGUCACUUUGCCAUAUAUCGUAACUUAAUUUGGUAAAUUCAUUUUUAUGUGGUUUUACUAGCAUUGAUA